AACCUUUUCCCCAUAGGUUUCAACCAUGUUCUCCAAUAUCUUCUCCUUCCUCCACCGCCAUUUUUCCAUCACCACCAAGCUCCCAAACCUCUCCAAGAUCCCAACUAGGCACAGAAACUUUGUUAUUCGUGAAGCCCAGAAGUCCCUCACUGAUUACCUUCAUGGCACAAGGUGCUUGCCCUUUACCUAUGCUGAGCAAAUUGGCAACAACACUCUUCGUUCCCUCACUAAUCUUAUUGCAAAGGUAGAUUUUUCUGCUUCCAGUUUCUCCAAAAACUUUGAGAAGGUUCUUAGGUACCACCCCAUUAAUGAAUUUGAAGUCUUUUUUGAAAGCAUAGGUAUAGAGUACAAUCUGGUUUCUGGGUUGUUGCCUAAUGACAAGGUGUUCUUUUCUCAAGAUGGAACCCUUUUGGAUGCUGCUUGUGCACUUUCUGAUUUUGGGUUUCCGUGGGAAAAUUUGGGUGUGUUGUAUAUGGAGAGGAGGUCCAUAUUUGGAAGAAGUGGUGCAGAGUUGAAAUCAAGGCUUAGUGUUUUUAAAGGGUUUGGUUUUGGUAAUGUUGAAGUCAUUGGCAUAUGUUUGGCUUUCCCUUUUGUUUUAUGUGAGGAAGGCCAAGGUGGUGUUGGAAUUGAUGGGUUGUUUAAUGAUCUGAAGUUGAUAUUUUUGGAUUUUGCUUUGGCAAGGUCUGUUGAGGGAAAUGUGGAUUCUUGGCAUGAGGUGUGUAGAAAAUUACGAGUGUUUUUCGAUUUAAAUUGCUGGGAUGGCAAGUUAGGGGAACUCAUGGGAAGGAAUAAAAGUAUCUUUCUUGAACAUAAAGAAGAGGAUUUAGUUAAUAAAGUAGAGUAUUUCUGUAGAUUUGGUGGAAAGAAGGAGGAAGUGGCUCGGUUGAUUCUACAAUGCCCGGAAUUGUUGAAUCUUGAUAUGGAGAAGCCGGCGAUUAAUGUAUUGAAGCUGUUGAAUCACUUUGGUCUGAGCUCAAAAGACCUGGAGGAUGUUAGUAGAAAUUUUGCUCAUGUUUUGGGAACAAAUAAAAUGGUUAAUCUGCCUAACAUUAUGAGGGCUUUGGGUUUACAAGAGUGGUUCUUCAAUAAAAUCAAGGAUGGACAUCAUCAUUUGUUAGGAGAUUAUAUCACAAGCUAUCCUAAUGAAGACCAGGAUAAAGAUUAUCAAGAUGGCUUAAGGAUGAUUCACAUUUCAAGAGCCCGGGUUCAUAGUAUUAAUAAAUUAAAUUUCUUGCAUGGCUUGGGCUUUGGAGAAAAUGCUUUGACUAUGAAUGUUUUGAAUCAUUUGCAUGGCACUAGUAGUGAGUUACAAGAAAGGUUUGAUUGCCUUCUACGUUCAAGGAUUGAAUUCUCAAAGCUCUGUAUGAUGGUAAGAAUGACUCCCAGGAUUCUAAACCAAAAUUCUCGAAUUAUAGAGCGAAAGGUGAAUUUCUUCCACCAGGAAAUGGGAACUACUUUAGACUAUGUGGAAACUUUUCCGGCAAUAUUGUAUUAUCACUUAGAGGACCGAAUUAUACCUAGAUACAGAUUCCAUAUAUGGCUUACAGAAAAGGGUCUGUGUUCUAAAAGAUAUUCUGUUCGAAGUAUGAUUGCAAACACUGAAAAGGAAUUUGUAGCUCGUGUUUUUAAAAUUCAUCCAGCUGCUCCAAAACAUUGGUUUGAGCAAUUCUGUCACAUUAAAUUGUCAAUGUAACAGAUUGUCGUAUUCAAACCUAGUACAGUAUACGAUGAACUUCAGGAAUAACUCUGAAUAAAUUUGUAGAGAUUGUUAAACUUUUGGUGAUGUCGGAAAACGUGUGACGAAGUUCUAUCUGCUUUGCACUGAACCACAAAGAAUGGCCUGCAAAUGUAUUGUAUUGCAUUGCUUUAUUUCCUGGAUCAGACCUCAGUUUAGAGAAAGAAACCUGAAGUUAUGUGAAUGCUAAGUUCUGCUUUGAAGAAGGAUUUAUGUUGAGGAUGGUAAAGUCAAAAGUUCAAACAAAAGAUGAGAGGUUGAGGCUCAUAUUCUUGUGAAUCACAGGUCCUCUAAUGGUGUUUCUCUCAAACACUUCUAAA